AUGACACAGGUCACAGGAACUGAAAGCCAUGAAUUUGUUAUUUGGGUCCAGUUUUUGUUGUUGAUAUUAUUGUUGUUGCUUGCUUUUGUUGUCGUUGUUGCUGUUUUUGCUCUUGUUGUUCUUGGUGUUUUUGGUUGUAUCAUGACUUUAGCCGGUGAAACAGAAGGUAUGAGUCGAAGUUGGAUGUAUGAGAAGCGAACUUCGUCGGGGUUCUUGAACGGGGUAGAGGAGUUUUGUAGAUGUGCUUUGGAGCAUCAAGAAAAUGUACAAGAUAAUGGGUUUUAUUGUCCAUGUGUGGAUUGCGAAAAUGUGAGUAGGGUUAGUAGUAUCAAAACAUUAAGAGAUCAUGUGAUUCGUCGUGGGUUUAGGCAACAAUACCAUGUGUGGAUAUGGCAUGGUGAGAUCGGAGGAUAUACGGGAAAUUCCAGUGAAAAUCCAAUUAUUGACCACCAUGUACACACUGAACCUAUUGAUCGGACCGAGGAUAUGUUUUCGGAGGAAGAUGAUGAAGGUGAAGAAGACGUGGAUGAUGAUAUUGAGGAGGAUCAUAUAGAUGAAAUGAUGGAGGCAAUUCAAGAUAAGCCUCAUUUAUUUGAACGUUUGUCAGAAGCUGCUGAGAAACCUUUGUAUCCUGGAUGUGUCAAGUACACUCAGUUGUCGGCUGUGUCAGUGUUGACCAACCUGAAAAUAAAGGGCGGUGUGACUGACGCAAUUUUUUCACAAUUUUUGGAGGCAUUAGAGGACAUGUUUCCCGAAGGGAAUGUGUUGCCUAAGUCAACUUAUUAUGCCAACAAGUUGAUGUGUCCUUUUGGAUUAGCAUAUGAGAAAAUAGAUGCUUGUCCAAAUGAUUGUAUUUUGUAUCGAAAAGAGUUUGCAGAUUUAGAUAAAUGUCCUCGGUGUGGUAAGUCUCGUUACAAGCUCCCAGAUGGAGUUAUGCCCGGGGAAGGCAAGAAAGGUCCCUCUGCUAAACUGCUUUGGUAUCUUCCAAUAAUACCAAGGUUUAGACGAUUGUUUUCAAUAAAGAAGGAGGCAAAGAACUUGAGGUGGCAUGCAGAUAAGAGGAAGAAAGAUGGGUUGCUUAGACAUCCGGCAGAUUCUCCUCAAUGGAAAGAUAUUGAUGAAGAAUUUCCAGAAUUCGGCAAAGAAGAUAGGAAUCUUAGGCUUGCGCUUUCUACUGACGGAAUGAACCCAUUUGGUAGUCUAAGCAGUCAACACAGCACUUGGCCUGUUCUGUUAGUAAUUUAUAAUUUGCCUCCUUGGUUGUGCAUGAAGUCAAAGAAUAUUAUGUUAUCCUUACUUAUACAAGGGCCGAAACAACCAGGAAACGAUAUUGAUGUAUACCUUGCUCCGCUCAUUGAUGAUUUGAAAAAAAUGUGGGAUGAAGGUAUUUCUGUUUUUGAUGCGUAUGGUGAUGAGAUUUUCACGUUGCGUGCAAUGUUAUUUUGUACCAUCAAUGACUACCCGGCUUAUGGUAACUUGUCAGGGUAUAAGGUAAAGGGAAAGAUGCCAUGCCCAGUUUGUGAAGAUGAUAUGGAAUCAACCUGGUUGCCAAAUUCUAGAAAACACGUGUAUCCAGUUCAUAGAAAGUGGCUAAAUAGGUUUCAUCCUUAUCGAAAGAAAAAAUCUCUAUUUGAUGGCAACGUGGAAGAACGUAGAUUUCGUAGACCGUCAUCUGGAAGAGAGGUUUACAACCGUGUUAAAGGCAUAGAGACGGUUUUUGGAAAAUCUGGGAAAAAUAAAAAAGAUGGAAUUUGGAAGAAGGAGUCUGCCUUUUGGAAACUGGAAUAUUGGAAGCAUCUGUCAGUUAGACAUUGUCUCGAUGUAAUGCACAUAGAAAAAAAUGUGUGUGAGGCCAUUUUGGGUACAUUGUUGAACAUGGAUAAGAAAUCGAAGGAUGGCAUUAAGGUGCGAAGAGACAUGCAACACCUGAAGAUUCGACCUCAUUUAUGGCCAAAGCUUAAGGAAAAGGCCAGAAAGGGGAAAGGUAAGUCUUACUAUUUACCCCCUGCUUGCUAUACAUUGUCUAAAGUUGAGAAAAGAAUAUUUCUAGAGUGUCUUUAUGGAAUUAAAGUUCCUAAGGGCUACUCAUCGAAUAUAAGAAAGCUUGUGUGUAUGACUGAAUUGAAAUUACAUGCAAUGAAAUCCCAUGAUUGUCAUGUCAUGAUGCAAGUAUUGUUGCCCAUUGCAAUUCGUGGGAUUUUGCCUAAGCAUGUAAGAGAUGCCAUCACGAGACUUUGUUCGUUUUUCAAUACAAUAUGCAACAAGGUACUUGAUCCGGAGGAAUUAGACAAACUACAAGCUAAUGUAGUUGUAACACUGUGCCAGUUUGAGAUGUAUUUUCCGCCUUCGUUUUUCGACAUAAUGGUUCAUUUAGUUGUCCAUCUUGUUCGAGAAAUCAAGCUUUGUGGUCCAGUGUUCAUGAGAUGGGCUUAUCCUUUUGAAAGGCAUAUGGGGUGCAUGCAGAGAAAGGUGAGGAAUCCCGCACGACCAGAAGCAAGUAUGAUUCAAGGAACUGUGUCGGCGGAGAUUGGUGCGUUUAUUGCUGAAUAUAUGUCCAGAGCUGAACCAAUCGGACUUCCUAAAUCUCGACAUGAGGGGAGACUUGAAGGCAAAGGCACAAUUGGUGCUAAAGAUAUCAGUGCUCCAUUAGAGAAACAGAUGCAAGCCCACUUAUGUGUGCUACAACAACUCACAGAGGCCACAAAAUCUCCAAUACGAUAA